UCCUCAUCUAAUCCCUGCCAACCGCAAUCAACAAUGUCAGCGCGGCACCCAUCGUCCCCUAUUUCUCCCCCUCCCUUGGCUUUUCAACGCUCUUAUUUUCAUCGCCAUUGUCAUAAAUAUUCUCUCAACGGUCCGCAAUUUUAGCCCAAUUCAAUGGCUAACUCAACUCAGCUCAAGUCUGAUGCUUUGUUGGAGCAAAUGAAACAACAUCUGAGCACUGAUGUCGGUAAAGAACUCACAAAGAAAAUCGGCCUUGUCUAUCAGAUCAAUAUUGCUCCCAAAAAAAUUGGGUUUGAAGAGGUUACCUAUAUUGUUGAUCUUAAAAAAGGAGAGGUCACUAAAGGUACAUACGAAGGAGGAAAGCCGGAUGCCACAUUUUCUUUCAAGGAUGAAGAUUUUAUCAAGGUUGCCACUGGAAAGAUGAAUCCCCAGAUUGCUUUCAUGAGAGGUGCAAUGAAAAUUAAGGGAAGCCUUAGUGCCGCACAAAAAUUCACUCCAGACAUUUUCCCCAAGCCUUCAAAGAUGUGAGCAGAGCAGAUACCUUUAAGAGGGGUAUUUCCAUUACUGUUCUUUCAUCUGGGUUAAAUGUGUUAAAUUUAGGCAGAAAUUAUAAAUGUGUUACAACUGUAGCAGGUAUAAUUGACAAUAAUAUAUAUAUAUAUAUAUAUAUAUAUAUAUAUAUAAUGUCAGUGCUUAAUCAUAUGUUACUGGUUUGGAGACUUUUUUUUGUUUCAAACUGCCCGUUGUUUAUCAUUGAUAUCUUCCAUUUCUGUUUUUUUCC